AUGCACUCGAUUUUUAUAUUUUACAUAAACUGUAUCAUUAGGAACAUUAAAUAAACAAUAAAAAAAUGCUAUAAAGAAAAGUAUACUACCAAAAACUAAAAGAUCAAAACUGCUUUAUCAAACUACAUUAAAUGUUUCUUGAAAUUCCCUCCCACUGAAGAUAAUAAAAAUGAAGGCGACAAUAAAGGUGAAGGCGAAAAUAAGGAUGAAGGAGAAAUGAAAGAUGAAGGUUUAAAUAAAAACGAAGAAAACAAGAAAAUAAAGAAGAAAAGAAAAUUGAAGGAAAUAAGAAUGAAGAAGAAACAAAGAAAGAUGAAGGUAUCAAAAGGAAUGAAGAAAACAAAAAAUGCAAGGUUGAAGAAGGCCAAAAAGACGAAAAGAGAGAUAAUUGCUCAAAAUAUCAAAAUGGUGUAAAUGACUCGAUUUUUAUAAAAUAUAUAAAAAUGA